AUGGGCAAGCAAGGACCUUGCUGUCACUGUGGAGUUACAAGCACACCUCUUUGGCGCAAUGGGCCUCCUGAGAAGCCAGUGCUGUGCAAUGCAUGUGGAUCACGAUGGAGGACAAAGGGAACACUUGCAAACUAUACCCCUCUUCAUGCUCGGGCUGAUCCUGAUGAUUAUGAAGAUCACAGGGUCUCUAGAUUGAAAAGUAUAUCUAUAAACAAAAACAAAGAAGUGAAACUGCUCAAAAGAAAGCCAAAUUAUGAUAAUAGGGUUUCUGGAGGGUUUGCUCUGGAUUACAACCAGGGUUAUAGAAAGGUUGUAGAUGAAGACAUCAGUAAUAGGUCAAGUUCUGGGUCAGCCAUAUCCAACUCGGAGAGUUGUGCACAAUUUGGCAGUGCAGAUGCAAGUGAUUUGACAGGUCCAGCCCAAUCGGUUGUGUGGGACUCUUUGGUACCUUCUAGGAAGAGGACCUGUGUCAAUCGGCCUAAGCAAUCUCCAGUUGAGAAGCUUACAAAAGAUUUAUAUACUAUUUUGCAUGAGCAGCAGUCGUCAUGCUUCUCUGGUUCUUCAGAUGAGGAUUUGCUUUUUGACAAUGAAACUCCAAUGGUUUCUGUUGAGAUAGGACAUGGAAGUGUUCUCAUUAGACAUCCAAGCUCAAUAGCUCGAGAUGAGGAAUCUGAAGCUAGCUCCCUUUCUGUUGAGAACAAGCAAUACUCGACAAAUGAGGCUUAUUCUCAUCCUGUGAUCCUUCCUGUAUAUAAUGAAAUCAAGAGUGUUAAUACAACAUAUCCUAUUACUGAAAAAACUAAGAAUCUUACUGGGCAAGGGGUGCAGCAAGAGCAACUUAAGAGGGACAAGUCUCCUUAUGAAAAAGUACACAUCGUGGGAAGUCAUAAUUCACCACUUUGCAGUGUAGAUUUGAAUGAUAUUCUUAACUUUGAGGAGUUUGCAAGACACUUGACAAAUGAAGAGCAGCAGCAAUUACUAAAAUAUCUACCUCCACUUGAUACUGUCAAACUUCCCAACAGCAUCAAAAACAUGUUUGAUAGCCCUCAAUUCAAGGAAAACAUAAAUUCCUAUCAGCAACUGCUUUCUGAAGGAGUCUUUGAUCUCUCCUUCUCGGAAGCAAAAAUUGAAGACUGUAAGACUUUGAAAAGGCUUACACUGUCCAAUCUGUCGAAAUCCAAUUGGGUGGAGCGUUAUCAUCUUCUCAAGAAGUGUAAAAAUGGUACUGGGAAAUCUCUUGUUGGAAAGGGACCAAAUUCAAAUGUUGUUGCAUCGAGUAAUUUAAUCGGUGCCAAAAGGUCACGUGACAGCCUAAGUCAGAAGUUUUCAGAAGCGAAGUCAAUGAAGAGUCCCAAAAGGAUUGUCAUGAAGGCGACCUACGAGAACAAAGAACUCAUAGACAAUGAUGGUUCUUGCUUUAGUCCAAGAAGCCUAUUUGCCUUGCCUCCUGAUGGUAGCUCCCUCAUGCUGGACUCUCUCCAUUUUGUGGGUGAAAGUUCUGAUCAGGACCUGCUGCUGGACAUACCUUCCAAUGGUUCAUUUGCACAGGCAGAGCUCCUUCACCCAACUAAUAGUUUUGGCCAACAGGCAAGCACUAGUAGUAGCUCGAUAUACCCGCACCUAGGCCGCCCCUAA